AUGGUGACCGUGAAAAGGGGACGAGGGCGGCCGAAAGCUACGGUGCCACUAUCACCUGAAAACCUCACCAGCUUGAAAACACCAGAACGUGAAUCAAGCAACACCAUUAUUGGCGGCCAGACUUCGGAGAACACUUCAAGAACCACCAUUGGAGAAGACAAAGCUAUGACAAAUACCUUGGUAAAGGAGAACAAGGAAACCCUAACAGAACCAAUACAACCACAACAUGAAGAGCGUAAACCUUGGGUUGAUGUGAUAAAUGACAAUCGGAACCCUGCAAGAGGAAUGGAUAUCGAGUACGUUGCGCCAAAUCUCAUCAAUGGAGUAUUUGAAAUAAACAUUGAACAAGAAGACAUUGAAACGGAAAUACAAUUUUGGGAUAAUGCUCUAAUCCUUUAUGUUGUGGGUGAUGACCUGAGUAUGAACACGGUGAAGAACUUUAUGCAGAGAAUGUGGAACUUCGUGAAGAUGCCAGAUCUGUAUUACUACGAUGAUGGUUAUUUUUUGAUCAGGUUUAGCUCCCAAGAAGAUAAGGAAGCAUAUAUGAUGAAAGGGCCAUACACGAUUUGA